AAUGAUAAAACUUGGAGUUAAAGGCCACAGUAUUCUUAGGGCUUUGUUCUUUGGCCUUGAAGCUGGUGAAGUGAGCAGAUUGGAACAAAAUUCUAUUCCAGUACCCUUUUUCUCUGUUCAUCGGAUUGAAGUUUGUGCAUAAAUAUUUCCAGUUAUAUCUACCUUGCAAACUUCCAUGGGAUUAUUGGUGUAAGAUUAGUGAUCUUGGGAUACAGAGGAGGAUUUUAAUGUUACUCCUGCAACUAUUUCACAUACAAAUGAAAGCAGACUUCUUAGAGGGCUAUCCUAUUCAAUGAGUAUAGUUUUAGAAUUUUUGCUAUUGUCUGCAUUCCUAGAUAAAGAUUGCUCUUUGAUGUGAGAGCACAUACAUUCUAAACCUAAUGUCGUUCCUGAAUGAAUACAGAGGAUUACAAAUUUAAAUGUGGUACUGAAAUAGCUAACUGCCAUGUCAAAAAUACCUAACAUCAAACCUGUAGAUCUAAGCACUACAAAAGAUAUGUUUGUUUCAGCUGUUCGCUUUGCUUUGUCAAUUGAAGGACCAUGUUUUCCAUUUGGGGAUGAGUUACGAAUAUCUGCGCAAGAGCAAGUUGACUACAUGUUAGGAGAAGAUGGAGAUACUACGGUCAUCAUGGCUGAUGAUGAAGUACAAUCAGUAGUAAGAAUGGGUGUUUACAAUAUCAUUCAUUCAUUUGAAAUGGCUUUGUCUUCCUUGCUUUUGGACUCUACCCUUGAGUUUGAGGGUGUGUACAACAGAAUAAUGAAAAGGGUAUCUGAUAUUGAAUGGAUGUGUAAUGUACUCCCAAAGAUGGAUUUAAUGAAGAAUUUUGUUUCAAAUUGGGCUUCAAUAUCUGGUAAAAUUUUGGGGAUCAUUGAAAACAAAAAGCUUGACCAUGCCAUGUGGGGCUUGAAAGUGAAAUUGAUAGAAGUAGCAUGUAAAGUUUUGGAAGCAGUUGGUUAUGGUAGUGUGAUUCUUCCAGCUCCAGGUCGCGUGCAAUUGCUGAAGACCUGGUUUCCAUAUGUUAGGAAAAUGAAGCCGUUGCUGGAUUUAAAAGCGGUUGAGGACUCCGGUUUUCCUUACAAAAUGGAUGAAGAUUUAUGCCAGGCUAUUGAGGGAGCAAUUGUGUCAUUGAUAUUGACAUUGCCAUCAAAUGAUCAAGCAGACAUUUUGGCAGACUGGAUGAGAAAUCGCGAGGUUGGCUAUCCUGACUUGAGCGAGGCUUUUGAGGUUUGGUGUUAUAGAACCAAAUCUGCCAAAAGGAGAUUAGUGGAAGGUUUAGAUGGCCACAGUGAUGCUGCUGUAAGCAGCUGACUUUGGUUCUAGAAUCCUAACCUUUGUCCUGUUCUUUUAUAGAUUUGAUUUUGGAUAAACUUAGUUCCAAUAUUGUUAUAUUAAAACUAUGAUGUUGGAUGGGGCUGUUGAUUCCUUUCAUCACACUAGCUGAAUGAAUUGAUGUUCAUGUACUCUA